AUGAUGAACUAUACCCAAACCUCAGGCUGGCAGGUCCUAGUGACCAAGCGCAAGCUCCUGGUAUCCUGCAUUCUAGGCCUCUUCUUCCUUGCCAUCGGGAUGGACAUCCGAGCAGAGCUCGGAGCUGGACACAACCAGAAGAAGAUGCUCAAGCGCGAUACCACCAGCACCGAAACCGCCAUCUGGCAACCAGCCGCCGGAGUCAAAUGGCAAAUCCAGCUCGUUGACGCCGUCGAGGACACCACCGUUGACGCUGACAUCUGGGACAUCGACCUCUUCGACAACACCGCCGAGACAGUCUCCGCUCUCCAGGGCAAAGGCCACAAGGUUAUCUGCUACUUCUCUGCCGGUACUUACGAAGACUGGCGCCCAGAUAUUAGCGACUUCGACUCCGCAGACUUUGGCAGCAACCUCGAUGAGUGGCCAGGUGAGCGCUGGUUGAACAUCAAGUCGACCAAGGUUCGCACGAUCAUGAGCGCACGUCUGGAUUUGGCAAAGCAGAAGGGCUGCGACGGUGUUGACCCGGACAAUAUUGAUGCUUAUGGAAAUGAGAACGGUCUUGGAUUGACCGAGGCCGACUCGGUUGACUUUUUGACUUUCCUGGCGUCCGAAUCCCACUCCCGUGGCAUGUCGAUCGGAUUGAAGAACGGUGGAGAUAUCAUCGGCUCUGUUAUUGAUAAGAUGCAGUGGUCAGUCAAUGAGCAAUGUGCCGAGUAUAAUGAGUGCGACGUCUACGCUGCGUUCACAGAAGUCAACAAGCCGGUUUUCCACAUUGAAUAUUCUGGGGAGACUAUCGAGUCAGAUAGCUCUGAUAAUAGCUCUGAUGAUAGCUCUGAUGAUAGCUCUGAUACUUCCGACACCACCGAUACUCCUGCUGAAAGCAAGACUACCGCCACUGUCACUGUCACCCCCAUCCCUGCUACCACUUCUACUUCUUCUGCUGCCACUGCCACUGCAACUAGCACAGACGCCGAUGAUGCCAAGACUGGUAGCACUGAUAUUUCCACUGAUUCUGAUGAGAAGGACGCCAAAGAGGAUGAUGAAGACGAUGCCAAGGACGAUGAAGACGAUAAGAAGGAUGAUGAAGCUGAUGAGAAGGACAAUGAAGCAGAUGGGAAGGACGAUGAGGAUGAUGAGGAGGAUGACAAGGAUGAUGAAGGCGAUGAAGACGAGUCCAGUACCAAUGGUAGCAAGGAGGACCAACGCCGUCACAGACACACACACGGUCAGCACAAGCUCCGAACCAGAGCCGUUCUCUCCUCUUCGUUGAAGACAUCAGCCUGCAACGCAGCCAACGCCGACAAGUUCUCGACUGUCAUCAAGAACAUGAAUCUCGAUGCCUGGGUUGAAUAUUGCUAG